AUGCGCCUGUCCGUGCGGAGGGCGCUGCUGGCGGCCGGCUGCGCGCUGGCCCUGCUGCUGGCCUUCCAGCUGGGCCAGCAGGUGCUGGAGUGCCGGGCGGCGCUGAGGGGCCCGUGGAGACGCUGGCCCGCCAUGCGGCCGGAGCAGGAGGAUCUGGUGGUGGUUGGCCCGGACCGCGCCGAGUACCACUACGGCAAGGCCAUGCCGCUCAUCUUCGUGGGCGGCGUGCCCCGCAGCGGCACCACGCUGAUGCGCGCCAUGCUGGACGCCCACCCCGAGGUGCGCUGCGGCGAGGAGACCCGCGUCAUCCCCCGCGUGCUGGCCAUGCGCCAGGCCUGGGCCAAGUCCGGCCGCGAGAAGCAGCGGCUGGACGAGGCGGGCGUGACGGACGAGGUGCUGGAUGCGGCCAUGCAGGCCUUCAUCCUGGAGGUGAUCGCCAAGCACGGCGAGCCGGCCCGCGUGCUCUGCAACAAGGACCCUUUCACGCUCAAGUCCUCCGUCUACCUGUCGCGCCUCUUCCCCAACUCCAAGUUCCUGCUGAUGGUGCGGGACGGCCGCGCCUCCGUGCACUCCAUGAUCACGCGCAAGGUCACCAUCGCCGGCUUCGACCUCAGCAGCUACCGCGACUGCCUGAGCAAGUGGAACAAGGCCAUCGAGGUGAUGUACGCGCAGUGCCUGGAGGUGGGCCGAGACAAGUGCCUGCCCGUCUACUACGAGCAGCUGGUGCUGCACCCGCGGCGCUCCCUGCAGCUCAUCCUGGACUUCCUGGGCAUCGCCUGGAGCGACUCGGUGCUGCACCACGAGGACCUCAUCGGCAAGCCCGGCGGCGUCUCCCUGUCCAAGAUCGAGCGGUCCACGGACCAGGUCAUCAAGCCCGUGAACCUGGAGGCGCUGUCCAAGUGGACGGGGCACAUCCCCGGGGACGUGGUGCGGGACAUGGCCCAGAUCGCCCCCAUGCUGGCCCGGCUCGGCUAUGACCCCUACGCGAACCCUCCCAACUACGGCAACCCGGACCCCAUCGUCAUCAACAACACGCACCGGGUGUUGAAAGGGGACUACAAGACACCAGCCAAUCUGAAGGGACAUUUCCAGGCGAACCCAAACAGCACCGCCACCCACGGGGGAAGCUCGUGA